AUGGAUGGCCCCAGCAACGCCUCGCUGAUGCCCAGUGACGCCGCUGCCCUGGGCCUCUUAGACUACAAGGCUGUAUCUGUCUUUGUGGUACUCUUGGUGUGUGUGGUGGGCAUCGUGGGCAACACCAUGGUAGUCCUGGUGGUGCUGACCACGAGGGACAUGCACACGCCCACAAACUGCUACCUGGUCAGCCUGGCUCUGGCUGAUCUCACAGUGCUGGUGGCCGCGGGGCUGCCCAAUAUCUCUGACAGCUUGGCAGGCCAGUGGGUCUACGGGCAUGCCGGCUGCCUGGGCAUCACCUACCUGCAGUAUCUGGGCAUUAACGUCUCCUCCUGCUCCAUCCUGGCCUUCACCGUGGAGAGGUACAUCGCCAUCUGCCACCCGAUGCGGGCACAGGCCAUGUGCACUGUCGCCCGGGCCAAGCGCAUCGUCGCGGGCGUCUGGGGAAUCACUGCCAUCUACUGCCUUCUCUGGCUCUUCCUGGUGGACCUUCACGUUGGCGAGAGUCGUGCUCCGGAGUGCGGCUACAAGGUGUCACGCAGCCUCUACCUGCCCGUCUACCUGCUGGACUUCGUUGUCUUCUUCGUCACUCCCUUGCUGGUGGCCACGAUCCUCUACGGGCGCAUCGGGAGACUCUUAUUCCGGAGCUCCCUGUCCCACCUUCCCCACCCCGGGGACAGCGAGGCUGCGCAGCCCAGUGCGCAGGGCGAGGGCACAGCCAGUAGUUGCUCCCACUCCAAAGGUUUCCUGUCUUCCAGGAAGCAGGUCACCCGGAUGCUGGUGGUGGUGGUGGUCCUCUUUGCUGUCCUGUGGACACCCUACCGCACGUUGGUGCUGAUCAACUCCUUUGUGGCCCAGCCUCUCCGGGACCCCUGGGUGCUGCUCUUCUGCCGCACCUGCGUCUACACCAACAGCGCCAUCAAUCCUGUCGUCUACAACCUCAUGUCCCAGAAGUUCCGCGCGGCCUUCCGGCGGCUGUGCAGGACCUCCUAUUGUGAGCCGUUUCAGAGCAGUGGGCAGCGGGCAGCGGCAGCCAGGUCUCGGGGGCUGGGCUUUCUGUGA